UUAUUUAAGGAAACCUGAUUUCAAAUAAAAACAAACAUCGCUACGACUACACAUAAAACGUGCAUACAAGAUCACUACCAAAAGUACGAGUUUAAAUGUCUGUAGGUCAAAGUCAAACGCGAUACAUUCCAGCUCCAUCAGUUCGAUUCAGUCUGUGGAAGAAGCAACAACAGAUAGCAGCAUGUGUUACGCUAGCAAAAUACUAAAGUCUCACAUGAGAUUAAUGAGCAGCGUGGCAAGCGGCACGGCACGAUCAUUUCAACUUCUUCCUGGGCCUAGAAGGUUUCCUCUGCUCGGGACAAUAAAUGAUAUCAUUCAUUUAGGGAACCCAAAAACUUUACAUCUCACAAUUUCUAACCAUCAUAAGAAAUAUGGCCCAAUAUUCAGGAUUAAAAUUUCAAACAUUGAUGCAAUCUUUUUGAAAGAUCCUGAAAUGAUGAGAACUGUAUUUUCAUACGAGGGUAAAUUCCCAAAACACCCUUUACCAGAGGCUUGGACCUACUACAAUAAAAAACACAACUGUAAACGUGGACUAUUUUUCAUGGAUGAUGAAGAAUGGUUGCAUUAUCGCAAACUGCUUAACCAACCAUUAAUGCGUAACGUCGGUUGGAUGAUUGAACCUAUCAAACGAGUGUGCGAUAAUACUAUCAAAAGUUUUCCAGAAAAAGCAACAAACUGUGAUAACGGUGGCCAGAAAUUUGAAUUAAGAAAUGCAGAAGCUAUACUCUACAAAUGGUCAAUUGAAGUGAUACUUAGCUUAAUGCUAGGAAACUCCUACAAUCCCAAAAGCGUAAAUAGACUGAGCGAGCUAGUCGAGCAGUUCUCCCAAACUGUCUACCAAAUAUUCCUAUACAGCUCAAAAUUGAUGGCUGUUCCUCCUAAGCUGGCUGAUCGAAUGCAACUGGAUGCAUGGAAACAAUUUGAAACUAUUGUGCCAAAAACUCUUUCCAUCGCAAACAAAAUAAUAGACAUAUCAAUGGAUGAAAUUGAACGUGGCGAUGGACUUCUAUCUAAGUUACAAGACUGCAUUUCAUCACGAGAUACAAUAAAACGAAUAUUUGCAGAUUUUAUAAUUGCAGCUGGUGAUACGACUGCAUUUGCCACACUGUGGUGCUUGUACCUUCUAGCCAAAAACCCCAAUGUUCAAACAGCUGUGCGAAACGGAAUCCAAGGCGAUUUCUUCGAAUCACCACUCAUUCGAGGAACUGUGAAGGAAACUCUCCGCUUAUUUCCUGUAGCUCCUUUCGUCGGACGCUUUCUGGAUACAGAUGCUGUUAUCGGUGGUCAUCACAUUCCAAAAAAUGCCCUGGCAUUAUUGUCAUUAUACACGGCAGGUAGAGAUGAAGACAAUUUCUACAAACCGAAUGAAUUUCUUCCAGAAAGGUGGAUACGACGAGGCGAUAAAAAUCUAUCACUUACACCGUUCAGUCCUAAUGCCAGUUUACCAUUCUCGAUGGGGAGUAGAAGCUGCAUAGGGCGCAAAGUAGCAUUAAUCCAAAUGCAAUAUCUAUUGUCCAAGGUUUUGAGUGAGUACCAUUUAACAGUAUUGAAUAAAAAAGAAGUUAAUGCCGAAUUGAAGAUGAUAACUGUUCCCAACUCAGAGAUUAAUUUGGCUUUCCACAAGCUUUAAUCAAUAUUGUAGCAGAUUGACAUCAAUAUUGAUUCAAUUGACAUCAUAGUUAUUCAUAUUUCUAUUAUAGUAAAAAUUGUUUAUUCUGAAUACAAAA